UUCCAAUGCUAAGUAACUAUAGAUCGUGUGUGUCAUUCCUGGGAGCAAUUUUCGUUCGUUAAAAUGUUUACGCUUUAUCGAAUCUGCAUCAAUAAUAAGGAAUGUAAUAGCGACGUUUUAUGCGUCGUACAUCUUCAUUCUGAAUAACUUAGUAGGCCCAUAUGUUUAUAGUUAAGCUAUAACAGUAAGUGAUCAAUGGAACAUCGGACUUUGCGCUCGCGCCGUCGUACUUCACUCGUCGGUGUAUGUAUAUUCCUUUUUCCUUGCUUCGAAUGUUUCUACCUAAAUCACUAAAAAAAUCAGUUAAUUUUCAAAUCGUAAUUGAAAUUUUAAUUUUGUAUAUAAUGGUGAAUAUGUAAUAUUCAUGUCGUCGUCCUUUACACUUUGAUACACUUCCUAUAAGUGUAAUUAAUCAUUAUCUGUUAUAACAUAUAUAAGUAUUGACUGGACAAACAAUUGUUCGAAAUCAGAUCCAUCAUGAUUUCCCAACCAAUUGUGGUACCUGGAGGUGAGCAUCGAACAUCACAAUCAGAAACCCACUCUAUGUCUGUUGGAAGUACAUCUGAUUGCUUUAAGACCAUGACACCACCGAAUGUAAGCAGAUCACUUAGUAACCGUGUUAGUGACAGUGGAUAUGGUACAUUACCAAGUAAGCUAGAACCAGUGGAUCAACAACUUCGACGAAGCAGUGUUCAAGUUCAAUCUGCAACAUUACCUAAACUUCCAUCAACAGAGUCCCUAUCAACAAGUGUAAAUUUUGCAACUGCUGCACCUCCACUAUCUCCAGGUUUAACAACUACAAUGGGAGAAACAAAUCAAAAAACAGAUAACGCAUCUGAUAAGUCUUUAGAUUCUUGUAAGUUAACAAGAAAAGAAUCAUAUAAGGCUCAAAGAAAGAAUUACCGGAUGGAGAAAAAAAGAGUUGCCAAUGAACUCUUAAGUUCGUUUAAAGAUCCAACUGUUAUUGUUAUGAGCGAUUGGCUUAAAGUUCGUGGUACAUUAAAGAGUUGGACAAAACUGUGGUGCAUCCUGAAGCCUGGUUUACUAUUGCUAUACAAAAGUCCAAAAACAAAAAGUAAUCACUGGGUAGGAACAGUUUUACUUAAUACAUGUCAAGUAAUAGAACGUCCAAGCAAGAAAGAUGGAUUUUGUUUUAAAUUGUUUCAUCCCUUGGAACAGUCAAUAUGGGCUCCAAGAGGUCCAGAAAAAGAAGCUAUUGGUGCGGUUGUACAACCUUUGCCAACAUCUUAUUUAAUAUUUAGAGCACCUUCACAGGCAGCUGGUAAAUGUUGGUUGGAUGCACUUGAAUUAUCUUUACGUUGUUCAUCUUUAAUAGUACGCUCAACGAGUGCAUUACCGCGUGCUUUACCACAUGAUACUACAACAACUCAUGAAACUCAGUGGAGUGAAGCAGAUUAUGAAAAACACUUUGAUGAACAUGACCUGGACGACAUUAGCCAGCCAGAGAACGGAGUAGCAGCUGAUGCAGAAAUUAGUGCAUCAGACAGUGAAUCUGAAGGGUCAGCUAAAGAAGAUCAACAAGAAACAAUUAACGAAACUCUAUAUAUUGCGAAUGAGCAAGAAAUCCUUGGAGCGGCUGGAGAAGUAGUUACAGAAUUACAGGAAGAACAAAAAUCUUUAAUAUGGUUCUUGAUGAAACAAGUUCGACCAGGCAUGGAUUUAUCGAAAGUAGUCUUGCCGACUUUUAUUUUAGAACCUCGUUCAUUCCUAGAAAAACUGGCUGAUUCUUAUUACCAUGCAGAUUUAUUGUCCCAAGCGGUAGUGGAAGAUGAUGCAUUUACACGUAUGAAAGGUGUUGUUAAAUGGUAUUUAUCUGGAUUUUAUAAAAAACCUCAGGGUUUGAAGAAACCAUACAACCCGCUUUUGGGUGAAACUUUCCGCUGUUAUUGGCAGCAUUCUAAUGGUUCAAGGACAUUCUAUAUAGCUGAACAGUUAUCUCAUCAUCCACCUAUAUCAGGCUUCUAUGUUACGAAUCGACAAGAUGGAUUUACUAUUAGUGCUACAAUUAUUGCUAAAUCUAAAUUUUAUGGAAAUUCAACAUCAGCAGUUUUAGAUGGUGUUGCAAUACUGACAAUGUUGCCCAGAGGAGAAGAUUAUACAAUGACGAUACCUUAUGCCCAUUGUAAAGGUAUUCUUAUGGGAACAUUAUCUAUGGAAUUAGGUGGGAAAGUUCAUAUAAAUUGUGAAAAGACAGGUUAUCAUACUGAACUAGAAUUCAAACUCAAGCCAUUUCUUGGAGGUGCAGAACAAAUGAAUCAAGUUACAGGAGGAAUACGUUUAGGAAAAGAAACUCUUGCUAUUAUAUCAGGCUAUUGGGAUGGUCAAAUAUUAAUUACAGAUAAAAGAACUGGGCAAGAAAGUGUGUUUUUCAAUCCUACUCCAGAAAUACGUAAAAAGAGAUUGAAAAAGUACACUGUACCUCUAGAACAUCAAGGUCCAUGGGAAAGCGAGAAAUUAUGGUAUGAUGUUACUCAGGCAAUUAAUGGCGAUGAUCAAGUUGCUGCUACUGAUGCAAAAACUCAAUUGGAAGAAGCACAAAGAGAGCGUGCUAAGGAACGAAAACUUAAAGGACAGGAAUGGAUUCCUAAGCAUUUUGUUCAGGAUAUUAUAACGGGUAACUGGGUUUAUCGACAUGCGGAUGUUCGACCAUGGGAUCCUAGAAAUGAUGUUGUACAAUAUGAACAAGAUUACAUAGUGCGUACGAAAACUAGACACAAAACACCAAUUAUGCGUACUGGAAGUAUCGUAUCAACUGAACCACAGACACAGGUUCCACUUCUUCAAGCCGAGUCACGUUCUUCGCUUUCUGUAUUAAAAUCUUCCAAAAGACAGUUGUCUAAUAAUUUACCAUUGACAGAGACCGCUCAUGAUUCUGGAAGUUCCUCUGCAGAGGUACACUCAGAUUCUAGUCAGUCAGUAGGUAAAAGAAAACGUUCUACGGCUAGGAUAAUGGAUGUCAUAAAGGACAUAGAAAGACAAAUGUUAGAACAUGGUGAUAGACUUAAUCAUAUAAAACACAUAUUAGAACAACUUGCUAUAAUACAAAGAGAACAAGUUUAUCAACACCAUAGUAUAAAUAUGUUGAAAAGCUUCAUUGAUACGAUUCUUGUUAUUAUAAUAGUUUUCUCUGUACAAUACUUUGUAAAAAUAUGGACCGAUGAACCUAGCGGAGGUUGAAGAGUAUGAUAACAGAAUCGUAGUAUAAAUUGUAUAUAUUAUUUAUCUUCUCUCAAUUCGGAUUAUCAGCUUUUGCGUCAGAAACAAGCUUUGAAAAGAGAAAUCUUAAAAUUUGAAGUACCUAAUUUACACGUGUUUUUAUCGGAAAUAAUAAAACACGCCGUUUUUAAUAGAAUACCGCUAAAAGGAUAAAAUAAAAAAGUUUAGAACUAUUAAAGAUAUACUUAUUCAGGUAAUCGCAGUGCAAUGUUAUUUUAUUUAUAGCUUUUGGAUAGUUUAAUUUUUGAUUUGUAAGAUGAUACGUUAUGGCUAUAUAAAUGUAGGGUACAUUUUCUAGUGAUUAAUAUAACACUUAUAGUCUUUGUUAAACGCUCCUCACGCCAGCAAUGAACUAUACAAGGUAAAAGGAAUUUUUUUGAGCUUAUCAAUGGUAAUAUUUUGAGCUUAUGUAUAAUAUUUUAUGUGCUAAUGCACAAGAAAAUAAUUGUAUAUUUAUUCAGAAAUUCUAAUGAUGUUGUAGUAUUUAUUGCAGGCGCUCAAUAGUAAAGUGUAUUAAUGAUAAUAAUAAGAUAAUUGUAAAGAUAUAACAACAUAUAUUAUUAUAAAUUUUAUUAUCUUGGAAUUAUGGCGACUAUUAAAUAGGAAAAGCUAAUUGCAGUUUAAAGUAAUAUAUAGAAUUAAUUUUAUAGUGCAUCAGUAUUAUUAUUUUGAUUAAUACAAUGAAAUUCCUAAUAAAAUAAGUAUCAAAUAUUAAAAUUAUGCACAUGAUAUGAAACAAGAGUUACAUUCAAAUUUUUUCUACAUAACUUAAAUCAUGAAUUUAUUUUGUAUUAUUUGCAUCUUCCUGUUAAUAAACAUAUUAUGAUGCAUUUAAUAUGAGAGCAAUACUAUGCUUUUAUAUUUAGAAUGAAUUUUAUUGAUGGCACUUUUAUACUCAUAUAAUUUAAAGCAUGUUUCUAAUGUUUACAAAUGAUUUCUUGUAAUUUUAUUAGACAUACUUAAAUGUCUACUUCAAAAAUAAAGAUGAACUUCUAAAUAGAAUAUCUUUAGUAAAAUAAAAA